UAGCAGAGAAUGAAAAAAGCACCAAACAGCUUUCCAACUCAGCUAGCGUGUAUUUAUUUCCCAACCCUCUGAUCGCUGUGCUGAACACAUGGAAACGUCAUAAAAUCCGCACAGGAAACUCUAUGCACUUGACUCAUCAGAAAGCCUUGUAGGAACUUCCUUUCAGCUUAUUAAUAGUUUUGACAACUGUAACAGGCGUCUGAAUCCCCACUCCCCAGAGCGGAGGCAGCGCAUCGGGGGUGUGACAUCGGUGGGAGGACACGUGACAGCAGGAAGAAGUGACAUCCUCGGGAGGAAGACAAAAACCACUCUCCUCCUCGGAAUUUUGGCAUUAGUUUUGCAAAAUGAUGAGCAUGUCUCUGAUCUGGGGGAUUGUUACAGCUGUGUGCUGUUGUUUAUGGCUUAUUCUUGGCAUGAGGAGAAGGCAAGUGGGUGAACCGCCUCUGGAGAAUGGGUGGGUCCCGUACCUGGGCUGCGCGCUGCAGUUUGGGGCCAACCCCCUCGAGUUCCUCAGAGCCAAUCAGAGGAAACACGGUCAUGUGUUCACCUGCAAACUCAUGGGAAACUACGUUCACUUUAUCACCAACCCCUUGUCGUACCACAAGGUGUUGUGCCAUGGAAAGUACUUAGACUGGAAAAAAUUUCACUUCACUGCUUCUGCAAAGGCAUUUGGGCACAGAAGCAUUGACCCGAGUGAUGGAAACACCACAGACAACAUAAGUAAAACCAUCAUCAAAACCCUGCAGGGCGAGGCCUUGGGCUCCCUCACAGAAACCAUGAUGGAGAACCUCCAGCUUGUCCUGAGAGCCCGGCUGGUCCCCGAACCCAAGGCGGCGGCCUGGGCGACGGAGGGGAUGUAUUCCUUCUGCUACCGAGUGAUGUUCGAAGCUGGGUAUUUCACGCUCUUUGGCAGAGAUCUUACAGGGCAGGAUGCCCAAAAAGCACUUAUUCUAAAUACCCUCGACAACUUCAAGCAGUUUGACAAAAUCUUCCCGGCCCUGGUAGCAGGCUUCCCCAUUCACGUGUUCAAGACGGGACGCCACGCCCGGGAGAAACUGGCGGAGGGCUUGAGGCUGCAGAAACUCAGGAGGAGAGACCACAUCUCGGAACUGGUCAGGUUUCUGAAUGACACGCUCUCCACCCGGGACGACGCGGAGAAGGCCAAGUCGCUCCUCGCCGUCCUCUGGGCGUCGCAAGCAAACACGAUUCCGGCGACCUUCUGGAGCUUAUUUCAGAUGAUUAGGAACCCUGAAGCCAUGAAAGCAGCUACUGAAGAAAUAAACAAGACACUAGAGAACGCUGAUCAAAAAGUUAGCUUAGAAGGCAAUCCGGUUUAUCUGAAUCAAGCACAGCUGGAUGACAUGCCGGUGCUAGACAGUAUCAUCAAGGAGUCUCUGAGGCUUUCCAGUGCGUCCCUCAACAUCCGGACAGCUAAGGAAGGUUUCACUCUGCACCUCCAGGACGGUUCCUACAACAUCCGCAAAGAUGACAUCAUAGCUCUUUACCCGCAGUUAAUGCAUUUAGAUCCAGAAAUCUACCCAGACCCUUUGACUUUUAAAUAUGAUCGCUAUCUUGAUGAAAACGGGAAGACAAAGACCACGUUCUAUAGUAACGGACUCAAGUUAAAAUAUUACUACAUGCCCUUUGGGUCAGGGGCUACAAUAUGUCCUGGAAGAUUAUUUGCUGUCCAGGAAAUCAAGCAAUUUUUGAUUCUGAUGCUUUCCUAUUUUGAACUGGAGCUUGUGGAGAGCCAAGUUAAAUGUCCCCCUUUGGACCAGUCCCGUGCCGGCUUGGGCAUUUUGCCACCGUUAAACGACAUUGAGUUUAAAUAUAAACUCAAGCAGCUGUGACUGUAUGGUUGGCAAAAGAGGACACCUGAUGAUGUAACAAGAUGGAAGAAUGCCGUCACUCAUCUGUCCCUCCGGACGGUGGCGUUUAGCGGGGGUGGAAGGGACGCAGCAGGUGCAGUUCUGUUCACCAACGCUCGCGUGUGAAUCUUAACAUUUUGGUGAUGGUUUCCAGAUGCUAUUUCAGGAUGUGCAAGUGAAAACAACUAGUUUCCAGAAGCAUAGUAAUUUGUUUUCAUUUGAGUAAGUUAGUGAAUGUUCAGUGAGCCAGGGACCGAACUUCAUUAUUUUCAGAGGAAAAAUCUUCCCCACCCCUCCCCGCCCCCAAGAAUGAAGAUGUUCCAAUUGGCAGAAGUUUUUUUUUUUCCUAAGGAAACAGCUUUACUUUUAUAAAAGCCACCCAACAGUUAUGAAAGAGGUACACAUUCACGUUUUAGUGAAACUGCAUGACUUUUUGACCAGAUACGGAGUGCACAUAUAUAUUAUAAAGGACAUUUUAAAGGACUAUAUCAUGCCUUUUAAUAAAAAGAAAAUGUUUUUCAGCUUUCCCUAUACCCAGUAUUCAACGCUUUUAAAAUGACGAGCUUGAUGUUCUGAAAACAUUAAAGAUGGUUUUAGCAUUUUCUCUUUGUUUUAAUUUAUUUUUGCUGGAAACUCUAAUGUCUAUGUCAGGUUUCAACCAUCUUGUCUGUACCUUCACCAUAUUAAUUGGAAGGUUUUUUCCAGAAAAGGCAGUUUUUCCGAUAUUACUAAACACGUACCUAUGAAAAGAAUGUAGCUCUCAUGUGAUAUAUUUUAAAAUUAAAACUGGAUGAAAAUGGCCAUCUAAAAGCUUUGGAUACGUGUCCAUUAAAUGUGUCUUGGCACUGUAUUUUAUUUAAAUACUUAUCUUUAAAUGACUUGUAGUUGGAAGAAAAAUAAGGCUAUACGGUAGUGUUUAACUACUGUGCACAACAGUUAGGUAGAAUAUUUUAAAUAUUGAGUUAUCAGCUGUAAUAUUGUUAUUGCUAUUUCUCUAUCUAUUUAUAUAAAUUAUAUUUAACUUUUUCCUUGUACUACAAAUAUUAAGAAUAUAUUGCAAUAUUUGAUAAUGUUGAAAUGAUUCACCUUUCAGAAAUAAAAGUGUGAAUUUUUGUUUUAAAUUUUUAAAUAUUCCCCAUGUUUAAACCAUUCACCUACAGAUAAACUGCAACAAUUUUGCUCAUUAUUCAUCUCUUAGAAGAAGUUUAGAAAAAGCAACAUAAUUAUUCACUCAAAAAUCUCCACUUCAUAAAAUUCUUUAAAGAUUUUGUCUUGCUAUUUAAUAUUAUCAUGAAAUUAUCUCCAAUGUAAGUUAUUUUUCAUAUCAAGAAAAUGAAACUCAGCU